CAAAUGGAAAAAGUAUUUGUGGACGGAAGGAGUAUUAUUUAGUGAAACCUCACCCCCCACGCACCCACCGUCCCAGCUCAGAAUAUAUAUGAUUUAGAGAUCAAUCCUCGAGAACUCAUAACACGUAUUGUUAAUCAUCAUAAGAAUAUUGAAUUAUUAAAGGGAAAAAUUAAAUGAUGGGGAAGAAGAAGCAGAUUAUUGUUGUUAUGGAUACCAAGAAUCACCUCUUGUUGUUGCUGUCUCUACUGCUACUCUUGGGUGGUUCUGCUGCGGCGGCGGCGGCGGCGGGGACGGGUGGCGGUGGGGGGAGGAACAAAGAUAAAGAGGCGGCGUUCGUUUUGCGGGAGGAGGAAGAGGCGGCAAGAACGGAGGCGGGAGUCAUCAGAGUGGUGAGAGGCGGCGAGAAGAAGGCGAUGGACAUCGGGUUCAUCACUAUGGAGCCUAAAAGCUUGCUCCUCCCUCACUUUCUUGAUUCCCACCUCGUCCUCUUCCUUCCCUUAGGGGAAGCAAGAAUAGGGCAUGUUUACAAGGAUGAGUUGGUGGAAAAGGAGUUGAAGUCCGGCGAUAUCUACACCAUCGAAGCGGGCUCCGCUUUCUAUUUGGUGAACACCGCCGAGGGCCAACGACUCCGUGUCAUUUGCAGCAUUGUUAGGAGCUCCGAUCACUCCCUCCCCUCCCGUUCUUUCCAGCCUUACUUCAUCGGUGGCGGAGCACAUCCAACCUCUGUCCUUUCUGGGUUUGAUUUGAAGACGCUAUCAACUGCAUUCAAUGAAGAGAGACUGGCUCGAUUGAAGAGGUUCGCGGGUGUUGGUCGUGAAGAUGACGACAACGAGCGCAGCUGGCGAUGGCCUUUCAAGAAGGCAUUGGUGAUGACAAAGAUGAUGUUGGGUCCCUUUAGCAACAAGGAAGAAAGUGGGAGCGGGGAGGCUCCCGAAUCAUACAAUAUCUUCGAAGCCGAACCGGACUUCAGCAAUGACUACGGAUGGAGUCUAGCUGUUGGUGGAGAUGAUUACUCGUCUCUCAAGCUCCCCGACAUCAGUGUUUACCUCGUCAAUCUAACCGCGGGAUCGAUGAUGGCGCCACACAUAAACCCAAGAGCGAGCGAGUACGGGGUCGUGCUGAGAGGGACAGGAGAGGUACAAAUAGUGUUCCCAAACGGGACAUUGGCCAUGAAAGCCCAAGUGGAGGAAGGAGACGUGUUCCUGGUGCCGCGGUUCUUCCCCUUCUGCCAGAUCGCAUCGAGGAACGGCCCAUUCAUGUUCUUCGGCUUCACAACGUCAGCCCGAGACAACGGGCCGCAAUUCCUGGCGGGCCAAGGGUCGGUGCUGCAGCUGUUGAAAGGGAAGGAGUUGGCCACCGCUCUUGGCGGGUUGAGCAAGGAGAAGCUCGACGGUAUUCUUGAAGCUCAAAGUGAAAGUACCAUCUUGCCCCCGGCCACCGCCUCCCCAUCAGUGCAACAGGUGCUCAAGAUGAUAUGAUGAUGCCAAGAAGGUCGCGUGGACAUGUUUUUGCCAUUUCAUCUUCCGUUCCCUUACAGACUAGUUUAAAGCUUUUAUGGUUGUUUCAACUUUGAACUUCCUAUGUUCAAUCUUUUCCUUCUUUCUUGUUCGUUAGUAGUUCGUUCUCUUUGGGUGUCAACUUAUACUUCUGUUUGAUUGCCACUAUUAAAAAAACACUAAUUCACUAAAACGCCUAAGAACAACGGUGUAUAAGCUUCAAGACAAUCUGCUAAAACGCCUAAGGGGCUGUUUGG